AACCAUGUUUGCAAUAGUUUUUGACACUUCCAUUAUAGGAAAUUGUGCGACGUUCAACGCUAGGUUAUGAAACCCGAGGCACAUAUAAUUACUUGUUUUCAGGAUGGAAUUAUUGGAGACAUGGUGCAAAAGAUGGUGGUACAUCUCCCAGAGGAAUCUUUUCUUGACGACGAGCCGCUUUGCUCCAGGCUUGAGUCCAGUCCUCCCGAAAGAAGAGGAAAGUUCGAAGACGAAAACCGGAUCACCUGCGACCCAAGGGCCAUCCAAUGUAUUAAACUUGAACGCUACUUCAGCUGCGGGUGUAACGGUGACCUACCAUCGAGGAUUACCAAAGAUCACGGUACCUUUGCCAUCCAGACAAGAACAUUGCGUGUUCACACUGAAACCGAUAACCCAUACAGUCGGCGAUUUCCUUCGGCUAUUGAAAAAGGAAGAUCGUGGUAUAGAUCGAGCUGUCGUCAUGACGAUCGACGGUGUCAGGAUAGGUUCCAACAACACAGUCGAAUCCCUACUGGAAGACGACUUCCGGUUGAUCCUGAACAACAAUGAAUACCUUGUCUCACCGCCUUUGCACCAUAAACUCACUAUGGAAACUAUGGAGAAGCUGUCGGACGUCCAAACGUUAGUCUGCCAAUUGUACGAGGCGUUUCAUGUAAGAGAAUACCAUGCCGACAUGGAGAAGCAAGUAUUAGCCGAAUUAGAGGCAGUGAGAUUGGAACUGCAACCUUUCGAACAGAAAUUACAAGAAUUAGAAACCAAGGCUGCAAGAAAUGCAAACUUGUUCAUCUACUUCUGUCUGAUCAUGAUGUCUGUUCAGUUCAGCGGCCUAGCGAGACUAACCUGGUGGGAAUACUCAUGGGACAUAAUGGAACCGGUCACAUACUUUGUUACAUAUGGUACAACGAUGGCCUGGUUCGUUUACUUCGUCUUAACGAAACAAGAAUACAUGCUGCCUGACGUAUUAAAUAGACGACAGCUAAUCGCCCUUCACAGGAGAGCAAAGAAGAUGGGACUCGACAUAAAUCAGUACAAUAUUUUAAAAGACCGAGCCUACGAAUUAGAGACUACCUUGAAGAUAAUCCGUGGACCUCUAUACGAUUAUCGAAAUAAGUUGGAACAAAAGAAGAGGGAAAGGUCAAGGUCGAGUUCGAGCAGUUCAAGAUCACCGAGUUCCUCGCCUAGUCCUAGUCCGGAAAGAAGUCUUCCUAAAAAGGGAAUCUUUCCAGAGAAAGACGCGUCCAAGAAACCAGUUAACGAGGAAACGCGAUUUAACCCAACUUGGACGCACAAAGAAACGAGGGAUUAACGAGAUUAUUGUAAACGAGAGCUUCGAAAGAGAUAUCUUGUUGCCGAAGAUCUGAAAGAUUCGAUUGUGUAUCUUUCUUUUCUUCGUCAAGACUCAGGGCGUUUAUCGAAUGACAUUUGUAUGUAAGAAAGUUAUGUAUGGUUACGAGGAAGGAUUACCUAAUUUCCGUUCGGGUGAUAAAAAAAAAAAAAAGGAAUGCAGAUGCUCGAAUCCUCGACGGAGUCUUCCAAGUAGUACGACGAUACUUCUAAUCAACGACUAUGCGUAUAGUAUAAUUUGCCUGAUGCUCAAUGUUGUUGACUGCUGUGCAUUUGGAAGACCUCGAUGAAAGAGAAGUGUACAUACCGUAAUUUUCUACACACUAUCUUUUCACUAAUGUGCUAGGGAAUUGACGAAUUUAAAAAAACUAGGGAGACGUUGUCGGAUCAUGUUUCUUUGAACGAUCUUGGUACAUAAUGGAUAAUUCACUAAAACCCACAUGAUUUGUAUUCACUUAAAAACUCAUAUGUAAGAUUUUUCUUCAUUUAAGCAUAAUUUUAAGUUUUUAAAUUGAUUGUUUCAAAGAAAGAUAUAUCUUCUAGAAAAAAUUGAUCCACGAAACAGAGAAUUAAAUGUGUUUCAUAUCUGGUGAAAAGUCCUGUACAUACUUGUGUUUGUAGAUCUUGAAAUAUUUUUGUGAUAAUUUAAUAUUUGUUAGUUUUAAAUGUACUACCCUCGCAAUUCUCGCACAACUACUUUAAAGACAAAUGUAUUUUAAGGUAAAUCGACGGUCAAAGCUCAAAGGUUUUUAUUUUAGAAAUAAUUUCGUCGCUCGUUCUGUGUAUAUCGCGAUAUGUAUUAUUUUUUCUACGAGAGAGAAUCAAUGACGUUGUUAAUGUAAAUACACAUUUUCUUUUUUCCUGAGAGAUCAACGAAUGUAAUAGACGUGGUACAAUGUACUUAACUUUCAUUUCAAGUAAUUUUUACUGUGUUAUAUUCAUUGUUUCGAGGAAGAAACGAUGUACCAACAAUUUCUUUUUAUCGGUAAAUGACUUAUGUGUAUAUUUGAUUGUUUCGUUAGGAAUUUUCUAUAAAAGAAUAAAACAAUGUUGCGAUAGAUGAAUUGCUUGUAAAAUUGUACGUUCGAAAAACUUGCUUCAUCGCUGUUCAUGAUAAGAUUUUAGCACUCGAUAUUUAUAACAAGAAUUACUCCAUUAAAUCUCUUACUCCCGUUAACUAGUGAGAAUAUAAUUAAAAGUUUGUGCACCGGUACAAAUAGAACUUUAGCACUUUCAAAUCAAACUAUAUUACUACUGUUACACUAUAGAGUAUCAUACACGAAAGUAUCUUACAUAGGGUAAUAAAAUAGAUUUCUAGACUCUCUAAGAAAUUUUUCUCUCGCUUGCAUAAAAAAAAAAUCCCUUAUCCGUCCGUUCGACAAAAUACUGUGCGUUUUUUAUUGUAUUGUAAUUUUAAGUCUUUAUUAUUUCUUCUUAUAGCUGUGACGAAAUACUUUUUGUACUCGCAACAACUGUGUAAAUUAUGACUUCAAAAAAUUAUAUAUAUUUUAAUUAUGUUUAUUAUAAGAUAACGUAUCUAACGUAUCGUUCUACUUUUUAAAAUAUAUCACGGCAAGUUUUGCUAGUCGAUGGUAAAGUAGAGAAAGCGCGUUUAAAAUAAUUAUACCGAUAGUUUAAUAGGCAAACAUCGAAUCAAAUACAAUUCGUUGUACACGAAAUUAAAGCACGAUUUCAGGGCACAGAAAUGAAGAACGUCGUGUCGCUUCGUUGCAUUAUAUAUUUCCUCUUUCGACAAUCGCUUGAUUAAAGUGUAAAUCUAGUGCCAAUAUUUUAAAAACGUUCUUUCUACCGAUUCGCUAAAGUGAUUUCAACGUUCUUUGUAAAUCGAAAAUCGAAGACGAAAACGAAAACGAAAACGAUGAAUACAUGACAUGUUAUAGCGUGCGUCCUAUGUAUAUGAAAAGAAAAUGGAACACGAUGUGGGUGAUAUAAUUGUAAUUAUAAUGUCUGCUUCCCAGAUACGAAUUUCUUGUCCUCGCAAAAUGCUGUUUCUUCUGAAAUAUUUUUUACGAUCUUUAAAAAAGAUUUCGUAUACAAGUUUUUUGUACAUAUACAAAAAAGAUAUAUAUCGUAUACAUAUGAAUAAUACGUGUAUGAUUAUUUUGUGAAUGUUCUUGUUGAGUCGUUUCCUCGAAGCUUUAUCAUGAAACGCCUACCUCGUCGAUCGAUGAUAAACGGUUAUUUGUCAAACUUGUUCAUGUUUUUUAAUAAUCUAUGUAUAUAUAAAUAUUUACUUACGAUUUAUUUCGUUAUACCGAAUAAAAUUGUUUGAGCGAAUGAGACUCGAGACUAAUACCUAACUUCUUCCUAAUUAAAUGUAAUAAUCGCCGAUUAAAUGUUGUGCAUUAAAACUGACGCAUUUUGCAAUAUAACUAUAUGCACACCAUUGAUAGCUUUUUCGUUUGACGAUUAUCUAAUUGUAAGUUCGAGUCUCGUAAUAUGUUUCGUUUAAAAAUCUUUAAUGUACAUACACGAUACUCGAUGAAUGCAUAAAUAUUUAUACAACAAUGCGUUGUGCUGUGAUUUACGCCCAUGUAUCUUAGUUAUACAUAAAACAGACACAAUUUAAAAUAAAAUGAUACGUAUAUAUAA